AUGACAAAGGAUAUCAGAACGGGCGAUUUAGUGUUAUGCAAAGUUGGCUCAUUUCCACCGUGGCCGGCUGUAGUGUUUCCGCAAAGGCUACUCCGAAACGAUGUAUAUAGGAAAAGAAAAUCUAAUUGCGUUGCUGUUUGUUUCUUCAACGAUCCAACGUACUAUUGGGAGCAACCAGGCAGAUUAAAGCAGCUGGAUCAAGAUACCAUUCACAAUUUUAUAUCGGAACAUAAUAAGAAUGCAAACCAAAGAGAACUGGUUAAUGCCUACAAGGAAGCAAAGAAAUUUGACGAUUUCAACGUAUUUUUGCAAGAGAAGUUUGAUGAAGAAAAUAGAUUGAAGGAUUUCAAGGCGUUUGAGAAGAGUGAAGGCUCCAGAAUUGUUGCUGGCGAAGAUCCUUUUAUAGGUCGGACAAAAGUAGUUAAUAAAAGAAAGAAAACUUCCAUAUCUCCCAGAAACGAUCCUGAAAGCAAGGAAGAUUUGCAGCAGCUAAAGAAAGAAGAAACGAAAUCCAACAUCCAACUACCCAAAAAGAGGAGACAUACAGAUGAUACAGAAACCAAGCCAGGUGCCAGCGACAAGAAGAAAGUCAAAUUAGACUAUUCCAGGAAAAUUGAGAUUUCACUACUAUUUCGCCGUAGGAUUCAAAGAAACUUAAUUCAGAGAGAGACGCCUCCGUCUGCGGGAGAUAUAAAAGAAACGCAUGAGUUACUAAAUAGGAUUUAUGAAAACUCAGAUACUAAGAGACCAUUUUUCGAUUUAGAGGCACUGCGCGAAAGUAAAUUACACAAACUACUGAAAGCAAUUGUUAAUGAUCCUAAUUUAGAGGAAUUUCACCCCAGUUGUAAAGAGAUUUUGUUGACCUGGGCUGACCUAAUCACGGAACUGAAAAAAGAAAAAUCACAAGCAUUAUCAACACCUUAA